AUGCUCGCAUCGCUGUCUCGAGACAGUAACCGCUACAUCGAUAAAAGCUCAACCGCUCGACUCCGGCUUGGAUCGACUCGAACCGACUCGGGCAGAGGUUUUGAUUACCCAGGUCCAUGCCAACUGGGGGAUGUUUCCGGUCACACAUCCAACCAUCGAGAACCAGCUAAGCGCGAUCCAAUCCUCUCCGCCAAGAGGGAAGGGACCUGCCGUCGCCGUCUUAUCUCGUUUGCGUGGGUUUUGAUGUCCCAGGUUUAA